AUGGAGACGCCUGUUCCAGAUGAAGAUCAUAUGCCUUCCUCUUCCACGCCUACAGAUACUGUCGCGACUGGCCCAAUUCAGGUAGCAGGCGAUUCUUCACCUAACCAAACGCCUCCUGAUACACCCAAAAUUAAUAAUCAACAAGGAGUAUCUUCCAACAGUUGUGAUUUGUCCAGUCUUUCAACUUCUCCUCUGCACGAACCCCUGGUUGCCAAAGAUUUGGGUCUGGAACCAGAUGACCUUCAUGUCUUUGUGCUCAGUGAUGCUGGAAAACCAAUUUAUUCAAGGUAUGCAGAUGAAACAAAGUUGGCUCAUCUCAUGGGCGUGAUGCAAGCACUGGUGUCUGUUGCCAACCAGGAUGGCGAUGAACUGCGUACCAUCAUUACUGAAGAGCGGAAGAUUGUUUUCAAAAUCUGCGGUCACUUGAUCCUGGUUGCAGUUGGUCCCCAUGUCGCACCGACCGGACACCUAAAUACGGUCCUCAAAUAUGUUUACAACCAGAUUGUGAGUGCACUGACAGUACAGCGAAUUGAGAAGUGGUUCAAACAGAAGCACAACCUCGAUCUCCGCAAUCUCCUGAUCGGCGACAGCCGUAUCCUCUCGGGUGCCAUCGAACAAGUGGAGACGCAAUUGGGACCGACACUGAAUGCCGUCCUCUGCAUUCCCCUCUCCGUCUCUGUGCGUGAUACCGUGGUUCAAGCAAUCACCCAGCCCAUAAAAUCUCAGGACCUCGUAUUCGCCAUCCUCUUGACAAACUACCGGGUAGUAUGCAUUGUCAGCAUGAAGAAGCACUUCCUGCACCCGACAGACAUCCACCUGGUCACCAAUCUUGUGCGUUGUUCGCAGUCCUUCAAGGCAGCUCCCACCAACUGGUUGCCGAUAUGUCUGCCCAAAUUCAAUCCGAAUGGGUAUCUUUACGCCAAUUUGUCCUACUUGGACGAACACUCCUGUCUGGUGCUCUUGACUGUGGACAGUAAUCAGUUCUACGCGUUACAGACCUCCAAGGACCAAAUCCUAUCGGUAUGUCCGUCCAGUUGA